ACUAGUGUUCACUGGUCACAUGGUAUUCCGGAAGCGCCCGCCUUUCAGGUUCAGUGUUGUGGAAGCGUGGGUUUAUAGUCGAUGUAAAGUUCUGUACUGUCCAUAGUCGAACUGUACUGAAGUCUUUCAGGUAAGGAGACUACUGCCGGGCAUGGAGGCAGACGUUAUGCAGGAGGAGGAGAGCCUCGCUGCCGCCUUGAAGCAGCUCGUCACCCUGGGCAAUGCGCUACUUCAACAGGCUAAGAAAGAUGCUGAGGUCUCCAUGGAAGAUUUUGUCCCAUAUAAAAUUGCAACUUUGCUGGGCCUAAUUGCAGCCGGAGCAGACUUCUACAAAAGUAUUGGAGUGAAGAAAAAGAGUGAAGCUGAGGCCGCGUGGCAGAAGUUGUAUCGUCAUGCAGCAGUGAGGGAAAAGGUUGAUGAGCUCCUCGAACUCAAGAGCGAGUGGGACUCCUUUCUGGAGCAUGUGGACAAAAGUCUUCAGUCGUCGUGUGCUCCUGUGUCAUCAGGAGGACAAGUGGCAGACAUUUUUAGCUCUGAAACUUUGUUGACUGAUGGACGCAGUGGAAAGCGAGUCUCUCUGGAUCAGUACCGUUCUCCGGGUGAGAAGCUUCUACUGGUCCUCAUCAGGCACUUUGGAUGACUGCCGUGACGUGAUCACGUGGCCGAGCUGGGCGAGAGCAUAGCUGCUCUUGAGGCUCGGUCUGUGAAAGUCGUGGUGGUGUCGUUUGGGCCCUUGAAGGGGGCUCGUUUGUGGUUGCAGCAGACAAAAUGCACCAUGGACUUGGUCUUGGAUCCACACAGGAAGAUUUACCGUAGCUUUGGACUCGUCUCCUCUUGUGCUAAAGUCAUGAAUUUUGACUCCAUGCUUCGAUAUUCUGAGUACCAAGCUGCGAAGAGAGACUUCCCAGAAUUCCCAAUGCACAUGCUAGAGGACAUUUACCAGAUGGGAGGUGACUUCCUACUCAGCGACACCAACAAAGUCCUCCUGUCCCACCCGAGCAAGUACCCAAUGGAUCGACCUACCGUCACCGACAUUCUGCAUGCGGCGUCUGAUUCGACUAAACUAGUUGCGCAGGAAGCCAGCAGGAGCAGCUCUACGAUGCACGCUUAUGACGUCACACCUCACACUCACGCGACCGUGAAGAGGUGCGACCGAUGCCAAGCCGUGCAGAACAGAUGUCCGUUCCUUGCUGUCAAGUCCAUGCUAUAACUUAAAAUAUAAAAAAAUUAUGGCAAGCCAUUUGAGCAUAUUAUUUCAUAUCUUUGAUACGUUCUUUGUCAUCACUAGUAAAACAAGUACAGAUAGUCCCUAGGUUAUGUUGUACUCGAUUUGAUUUCAACGGGUUUUUGACUUUACCACGCCAGUUUUUUUAUUUUUUUUUUAAGCGCGUAAACAGUACCUUAUUGUACUUCACAGUAUCUUAUUUUUUACUUUAAUAUGACUGGUUAUGUCCUCACUGAACGUUAAGUUAUUUAGUUUGACAGACAUCAGACAAGGCAAUUGUGGUUUUUGAAGCUUUUUGCUUCAUUCACUUUUGACAAUUUGUAAAGCUGUAACACACAUAUGUACACUUAAGUUAAAAAUGACACGCAUAUUAACAGUAAAACACGACACAAAACAAUUGAUGUUCAAACGUCCAUCUACAUAGUCUGAUCAAUAUGUAAAUUUAGUAGAUUAAAUUAGUUUAAUACGCCUAACAUAGGUCCGCUAUCUUAAAUGCUACCAAUGCUAACAAAUUUACAAUUCUCAUAGCAAAUCACUCACGCAAAACUCCACAAAAUAGCUCAAGACUUAAUUACAAAUGCAUAUACAAAUAUAUUAGGUGAAACAACUUCCAGCCUUACGUGGGCCAAACCAGAGCGCAGUUGUGCUUUAUCCGUGUCAGACGAGUCUGCGACAGUCCAGCCAGACCCAACGCUGCCAGCAGAGGGCAGUGCAUCUGCCAUCAUUAAACGCUGCCAGCAGAGGGCAGUGCAUCCGCCAUCAUUAAACAAUACGAUACUUUUGGAUUUUUUUGGUAAAGUUAUUUUGAGGGUCGAGGUACUGAAAGGGUUAAUUCUGAUAUACGCAGAAAUUUGGAUUUACGUCAGCAUAGGAACGGAACUUGUUUGUAACCCAGGGACUACCGGUACUAAUUUACGACUACAGACUGAAGGCCGCACAUAAAGCGCGCACAUGCCCUUUACUGGCAACCUCCUAAACUACAGGCAACAACAAGUCCACAAUUAAAUAAUGAGCCCUUAAACAAAACAAAAAAAUCAAAAAUUGGGUUCCGAGGCUCAAUAUACAUCCCUAGAAUAUACCUACCAAAUUUCAUUGUGAUCUGCUCAUGAAUAAUGAAGGAAUGGAUUUAAAAAAAUGAUAGUGGACACACCCGCAACAACUUGAGCCUUGACAAAUAACAAUUACUAUACUGUUUGUUUUUAGGCCAGGCCAAGAUGUACAAUAGUUGACGGUUGAGAAAAGUGACACCAGUAGUGUAAAAAACAAAACUUGUAAGCGAAGGCGUCCCACCCUAAGUGCCUUGAUAGACGCCAAAAUUAGGAUACAUUUUCAAAUGAAAAAAAUA